AUGCGCCGCAGUUUUCGUCACGACCUCAUCCUCCUACUGAUCGCCAGUGAUCUUACCAAGUCCUUGUGGUUCGUUAUCUACUCGUCGAUCACUCUCAACCAUUUGCUGUCAACAGACUCUGGCUCAGCAUUCUGCCAGGUCAGCGGCUUCUUCUUCGCCAUGGGAAUUGAAGCGUCAGAUGCUGCUGUGUUUCUCAUUGCACUUCAUUGGACCGUAUAUAUAUUUCGGUCAAACAGGGCCGCCGGCGAGAGCGGGAUCUAUCCUUACAGAUACCUUGCCUUCACGUUCUACGUUCUUUUCCCUACACUGAUGGCUUCUUUGGCUUUCUUCACGAGGUUUCCAGCUUAUGUCGAUACGGGCGCUGCCGAGCCGACAUUUGAAUUCACGGAGACAGGACACAAGCUCCAGCCACCUCGGCCCUCGCUAUCUACACUCAAACUCGGAGGAAAAGUUGAGAACCUUCCCUCGCGGCAAUCACCAUCCCAAUGCCGCAUCUCCUUCGACUUCUACCGCCGCCCAAUAUCAACGACUAUGGAAGAAGACGACACAUCAAAGGGCGAAAGGCUCAACGUCGGCCGGAGCCGUAACUUGAAUGGCUCGCAGAUGCACAUUUAUACGGUCCUCCAGCAGGGCCCUAGUUCUGAAAGAGAAGGCGACCCGACCCCGAGCACUCCCAUAGCCUCUCUGGAUUACGAGACGCUAGAGUCCGACGGCAUCUCCCGCAGCCGCGACAGGAUACGCCGCCAGCUGCGCCUCUUGUUCAUAUACCCAGCAGUAUACGGCUGUGUUUGGGUAUUCCCUCUCGUCAGCGAUGUGAUCGGGUUUCACAAGGAUCACAAUCAAAGGCCAUUUUGGAUAUUGGUAGCCAGCAUUGUCUCUUUGUCCGUCCAGGGCAUGGCAGACACGAUCGUGUUCUGCUUGAGGGAGAAGCCUUGGAGGCACACAAAAGGCGGGUUCUGGGAGAACCUUGGUAUUUUUGUUAACGGCCUCAGUUUUGACUCACGCAAUGAGAUUGGGAGAACAAGGGAGGAGAUGUUUCACGACGGUUCGAGGGCGAGGCUGAGGAGGGAGGAGGAAAUGGAGAGGGAGCAGCGUGCCAGCAGGAUGAGCCCGGGCUGCACAUCUCAGGUGUAUGUGUCUAGGAACUGGUGGGACGUCGAGCUCCAUGGUGACGAUGAAGUAGAAAGUCAAGAUGGAAAGGGUAAGGAUGAGGAGUGGCAAGGGCGUGUGAUGCGUGACGACCGGGGCAGCAUGCAGACUGGUUGA